AUGUUCUGUCCAGGGCUCAGAAGCAUCCACGGGGCUUGUAUGCCGGGGACCUCGGAGGCAAGGCAGGUGCCUCUGCGCCGCCUGACCACUUCAGCCGGGGCUGCUGCUGCUGCUAUCCUUGCACCUGUGGAAGUGUGCUGCAGUAUCCACCAGCGGCGCCACUACCAAUCCCUGCGAUACACGCCCUUCACGGAGCUCGAGCAAUCGACGUUGAGGAAUGACGGUGUGCACUGGCAACACCGUCCGUUGGACUCUUCAACAGAUAACCGCGACGGCACUGACGCUACCGCAUCGUCACGGUAUCUCACCGCAGACGGCAGCUCGCACGGCGCCGUGCACACCAUCGAAUGCACCCGUUCAGCGGGCUACUCUAAACAGCCGACGGGGAGCCUGCAGGCGCAGCGGCAAGAACGACCGCGACCACGACGACAGUCUGCGUUAUUCAUGAGUCCGCAGGACGCUGAGGACACAACGGCCGCCGCUUCAUCCUCGCUGGCGCCGCUGCCCGCGGGGUCCGUGCGCGUUCCCCUGAGCGAACACGUGGCAGAUGUGCACGACGACGACAUUGUCCUAGACACCCCCGCCUCUCUCUUGCCCUGCAUGGCCGAGAGGGGAGCAUCAACAUCGGAGCUGCGGCAGGCGGCACAGCGAGCGCACGAGCCUGCCGCGCCGGAGAAGAGCGAGCAUGCCCACCCGGCAGCACGGGGUGUCGGGCAGGAUGUGAUCGACCUCGUCACGGACGUCUUCACAGCGCAGCGCGAUGCCGCGAUCAAGAAGCGUCGCGAGGUACUCUAUGAGCUGACGCACCCAAAUCCAAUCGACUACACGUACAACGGCAAGCUGGUGCCGCCGCCGCCGCUGAGCUUCGGGCAGGUGACGGAGGAGGCGCGCGCCCUCGGCAACAAGAUGAUGCUUGGGCAGACGUACUCGCUGGUGCGACAGGCCGGCGCGCGCGCCUCGGCCGACGACUUGGACGUGGCCGGCGGCUCGGCCAACACAGCCGGCCGCGGCACCGCCGCAGCGACGACUGUGUCGCCGGCCUCGAGCAUCGAGGCAGGUCUGGAGGCGCCGCUCUCCACUUUUUCGUCUCGCCAUGCGAAGGGCUACGGCGACCGCACCGCUGCGGCGCCGUAUCGCAGCCGCACGCGCGACGCGAACAUCUUCCGUGACCACAACUACUUCUUCGAGAUCAACGAGCUGUAUCAGGAGGUGGCGUUCGCCGGCAGAGCCUGCGCCGGCAAGUCCAGUCUGCUGAACGCGCUGCUGGGCCAGUACGUGGCCAAGACAAGCAGCACGCCGAACACGACGCGCAAGAUCUCCUUCUACCAGAGUGUGACGCCGGAGCAGCUGCACGCCUUCCAUGUCAAGGAGCACCACAACCAGCUUGUCAAGCUACCCGGCGGCGGGCUGCAGCUCACCUUUGUGGACCUGCCGGGCUAUGGCAUCGAAGGAAUGAGCGACAAGUGGCGUGAUGCAGCCAUUGAGCUGACGGACGCCUACUUUGGCGUUCGCCGCUCCGUCAACACCGUCCUGUACUGCAUGGACUGCGAGCGGGGCCUCACCAAGACGGACAUCAAAUACUUGGAGUGGAUAGAGAACGUCCAUGGCGCGUGCUUUAUGGUGCUGACCAAGUGCGACAGCGUACCGCACUCCCGCGUCUGCUCUGUCAUGCGCCAGGUGUACGCGCUGAUCACGAAGCACCGGCGCAAGUACCGCAAGGUGUUCCCCUUCAUCAUUCCCGUCUCGGCCAAGGAUGGCACGAACAUCGAGCUCCUGCGUGGCCUCAUCACAGAGACCGCUGGGAUCAUACCUGGCGAUAAGCUACGGGAGCUGCUGCAGCACAAGAAGGCGGCCUUCACACGCACGGCGCUUCUGGCGGAGGUGAGCCGCAUCGACGCUGCGCGGCAGCUGGAGCGGCAUCAGGCGAAGGCCUACUUUCAACUCACGCGUGGCGGCACCGGGGCGAGCGCGGCCGUGGAGUUGCCGGCGGAGGCGCCCGGUAGUGAGGUGCCAGGCGCGAGGCGAGACCGAGAAGGGAGCGGUGGCGCCGGUGCGGGCGCGGCACUCGGCAGUCGCCACCGCCGCUAUGUGGUGCCGCUCGGCAACGGCGCCGCUGACGCUGAAGCCGCGGCGCUGCUCCCCGCCUGUGCCAGCGAUCUGGACACAGCGGGCGGCACUGCGGACUUCUUCCCUACCGAGUCGUCGAUGGCGGCUGCGGCUGCGGAGGGCCGUCGUGAGAGACGUGAGCGGUUCCUCGCGUGGCGUAGGGCGCACCCACUGAGCACAGUGUCACCGUCGUACAGUGCAAUCCAUGGGCAGGCGGGCUGUGAUGCUACCCGACCCGUUGCAGCAUCAGAGCAGGAGGCAGGCCUUGCGGACAGCGGCCGCUACCGUCUGAACACCGGCCUCGACAAUCCCAGGGCUGCUCAUGCUGUGCUGGAGCUGCACGGGGAGCCGGAUGUCUCUGGUGGAGAGUGCGACGCGCGCGGCACGGACGGUGAGGAGGCGCGACAUGGCGGGGGCGGCAUCGCAGCGCGGAAUUCCAGGGCCACAGCCGUGGCCUCCGCAGGCGAGUCUUCGCAUUCUCCGCCGCCCGCACUUCCAAUAGCGGCGGCGUGCCACGGCCGGCGGUCCAGCGUCAUCGGUCUCAGUGCCGUCGACACGGACGGGGGCGUUGCGCCAGGUGCCGCCGCCAGCGCAGCGCCACCGGCAGUGGCACCGUCUUCUUCCGUGGGAUUGGCCCCGACAGGUACGGUCUCGCGGUUCCUCGGCGUGAUGGAGCAGUAUGGCCGCCAGCACAAUGUUGUUUCGUCGGCAAAGCAGAAGCGGAGGGAGGAGCGGUGGUGUCGGGGCGGCGGCGGUGGUGGUGGCGCGCGUGGCAGACAUUGCGCUGUCGGCGGCCUGCUCGCCGAGGACGCGUCUGGUCGCCUGUCCGCCUACAGAGCUGGCAGGCCGUGUGGGCCGGCUCUCGUGUCGGCCAAAACCGACGUGAAUAGGCGCCAGGCCGAGUGGCGGGCGGAGCAGCUGAAGACGCUCCUUGCGAAGGAAAACCCCGAGGCGCCGUGGGCGGCACUGCACCAGCUGCGCCGGAAGAUCCAGACCCGCGAGGAGGAGACGGCACUGGCUGGGAUGCGGAGGAAGGAGGUCGCCGCGUAUGUGCGCAACGCCGGCCGCGUGACGGCGAGCUUCGAGAAGUUCGAGGGCGAGGUGACGGCGGCCAAGUAUAUGAAUGAGAUUCGCCAGGCCCCGACGCUACGCUCGCAGCAGCAGAUGCACCUGAACGCGACCGCCAAGAUCAACUACCGCUCCAUGCCACCCGGACUGUGGAAGCGCUACGGCGAGAAGGAUACGUACUGGCAGACGUCACAGCUGCUCGGCAGGUCGGAGGACGAAAGUCACAGGUAA